AUGUCUCCCGGUGCAUCUGCUACGCGUCAGUUAUCGGGCACGACUUUCUGGCUCUCGUUCACCGCCGUUGUUGUCUGCAACUUCCUCAGCGCACUAGAUAUUACUGCUGUCUCUACCGCACUUCCUACCAUUACCGAUGAGCUCAAGGGGGGCGACAAAUUCGUCUGGGUAGGCGCUGCAUAUGGGCUCGCUGCUGCAGCCAUCCUCCCGUUCUCUGGUCGUCUGGCAGAUACCUUCGGACGUCGUCCCUCCAUGCUUGCCUGUGUCGCAUUCUUCUUCGUUGGAAGCGCCCUGAGCGGGUCUGCAAAAAAUAUGAACUGGCUGAUUGCUGCUCGAACCGUGCAGGGUAUCGGAGGGGGAGGCAUCAUCAAUCUCGCGUCCAUCAUCGUCUCCGACCUCAUUCCUCUCGCUCAACGUGGAACGUACCAAGGAUUUCUCAUCCUUACAUGGUGCUUUGCGGCGGCGAUUGGUCCGAUUAUAGGAGGAGCAUUUGCCGAGAAGGCGACGUGGCGUUGGUUGUUCUACUUGAACCUGCCAUUGGCGGGGAUCGCAUUCGUACUCGUCGCAUGCUUCCUCCGGGUACGAACGCCACCGGGUAGCCUCCGUGAAAAGCUGGUUCGCAUAGAUUUGCUGGGAAACUUUAUCAUCAUUGUUGGGACCACCCUCGCGCUGGUCGCAUUGACCUGGGGAGGUAUCCAAUUUCCUUGGAACUCGGCGCAUGUUCUUGCUCCCCUCAUUGUUGGCUUCUCCUUCAUCGCUCUUUUCUUCUUGUACGAGAGUCUGGUACCGAAGGAGCCGACCCUCCCCUUUGAUGUUUUGGCGAAUCGAACUAGCUUCAGCGGAUAUUUCUCGACAUUCUUGCACGGCAUCGUCAGCAUCACCACCAUCUACUACUUCCCUGUGUACUUCCAAGCGUGCAUGAACGCAUCGCCUAUACGUUCGGGCGUCAUGCUCUUCCCUACGGCCCUCGUGAACUCACCUUUCUCUAUUGUCGCCGGCAUCAUCGUCAAGCGGUCUGGAAAAUAUAGGUUCCCCAACUACGCUGGUUGGAUCAUCAUGUUGAUUGGCUUUGGCCUGCAAACAAUGUUGAAGGCUGACUCCUCGACCGGCCAGUGGGUCGGCUUCCAAUUCCUUACUGCUGUUGGAGUCGGUCUCAUAUGGGCGAGUACAAUCUUUCCUAUUCUUGCUCCGAUCCCUGUGACGCGGGUCGCGUCGGCGCUCGCCUUCUACAACUUCUGCCGAACGUUUGCUCAGACUUGGGGAGUCACCAUCUCAGCGAGCAUUCUUCAGAAUGAGCUGAAAAGGCGUCUCCCAUCUCAAUUCCUCGCUAUGUUUCCUGACGGCGCAGAAAUCGCAUACGCUGCAAUUCCCCUAAUACGCACACUUCCAGACGACCUCCGGAACGAAGUGCGCGAUGCGUUCGCGUCAAGCUUGGCAAUCGUCUGGAAAGCCAUGGUCGGGUUCUCCGCAGCAGGCUUCCUUACGGUAUUCUUACUUCGCGAAGUCACGAUGCACAGGACUACGGACGAGACCUAUGGCCUACAGGAACAGGGGCCACUAUCUGAGAAGCCCUCGGACUUGGAAGACUCGCCGAAUACCAGGGGCUUCUCGGACGAGCUGACCACUGCGUAG